UCAGCUCCGCCAGUAUGAACCAGUCAACAUGGAGGUGCGGGAAAAGCUGGAGCUAUCACUGAAGCGGUACAUCAAUAAAGUUCUGAAGAAGGAAGAAGAGUUAGAAGAACUAACUAUCAAGGAGCCCAGGACAGAAGAGGAGAAGGGCAAAGCAGCUGAUCUAUUGAUGCUGGUCUUGUCACUGCCCGAGUCCCGGGAACCCCCACCAGCUCCCAGCCUGGAGCUCAUCCAUGGAGAUAUCACCAGUCUGUAUGAGAACGCUGUGUCUCUGCCACCACCCCCUCCCCCGCCAAUGGCCAAACCGCAGCGGAGCGUACAGGACUGGGAUGAACUCAGGCUGGAGAUCCAGGAGAAGACGGAUAACCUGGCCGCCAUGAGGAACAGAGACAUCCCUCCAUACUUCCAGUCCGAGGUGGCUCCACAAUUCCUCCAGAACCAGGUGAGAUCCAGCCAU